CUCCGCGUCUUUACGCACCGCGCGCACCGAGGAGCGAGCUGGAGUCCGCGCGGUCACAUCGCUGCACACAGACGGGGGAACUUCGUCCUCGCACGGGGGGGAAGAACUUCGAGGACAUAUUUGGAAAUAUUGCAUCUCAAAGAAAAAAAAAAAACCCGUUUCUCCCGGAAUGAAGCGGCAGCUGCACGAGUCCGGCUCCGGGAUUCCUCUGGAGCUCUGAGGGAUUAUUAUGGGACAUUAUGGGAAUAUUGGAGUGAUUGUUUUUGCUCCCUCUCCCCGCGGCGGAGGGAUUAUUCCCCCCCACUGAGCAGGAGGCUGAUCCGAGGGCGGAGAGGAGCUCGAUGCGUCUGACUGGCGACUCUGCACCGAGAACCAUGACCAGCGGCGGGUCCGGCAACUUCCUGCUGGUGCCCAUCCCGGAGUACCCGCUGCUGGACUGUGUCCCCAACAGGACCGUGAAGAUCGUGGUGCUGGGGGCGAGCAACGUGGGGAAAACCGCUCUGAUCGUCAGGUUCCUCACCAAGAGGUUCAUCGGGGAUUAUGAAGCAAACACGGGGGCGCUCUACUCCCGAAAGGUCACCAUGGACGGGGAGGAAGUGUCGCUUCAGAUCCAGGACACUCCCUGCGUCGCCCUCCAGGACGAUCCAGAGGGUCUGUACUGUCAGGAGCAGAUCAACAGGUCGAUCUACUGGGCAGACGGUUACGUGCUGGUUUUCUCCAUCACCGACCACAACAGCUUCCGAACCAUCCAGCCUCUCUACCAGCACGUCCGACGCAUCCACCCGUCUGGAAACAUCCCUGUGAUACUGGUUGGAAACAAGAGCGACUUGCUCCGCGCCCGACAGGUGCCUGCGGACGAGGGCGAGACGUUAGCAGCUUCGUUAGGAGGAGUUUACUUCGAGGCCUCGGCCAGAGAGAACCACGAAGGAGUCCACGGCGCCUUCCUCCAUCUCUGCCAGGAGGUGAUCCGAGCUCUGGGAGGAGGAAACGGCGAGAAGAGGCGAGGCGGCCUCCACCUGGCUCGACCCAAAUCCCCCAACAUGCAGGAGCUGAAGAGGAGGUUCAGGCAGGUCCUCUCCUCCAAGGUCAAGUCGGCCACAACUCUCUGAUCUCAGCGGGACAAAUGAUCGAAAACAAGAUCCCGACAGAGACAGAGACAGUCAGAGCUUCAUCGGAAGAUCAAAGUCGUGCAUUUUUCUUUGAAGGAGAAUUACGAGAUGUGUUAAUGGCGGGAAAACGCACAGAUGAACUUCAGGAGAGAACAAGUCGUCGUCUGCGGAGAGAUGAGUAAAGACAAAGACUGAAUCUUUAAGGCAGCUGAGCUCGUCUCUGUGUUUUUGGACGAGAGUCACAAGUGGACGUGAGAAGAGCUGAUGAUCAGAGCACACGUCGCAGACUGAGAAUCAGACAACGUGAUGGAUAUCGAGCUUCUCUGCAAACCUCUGAACACGUGAGGAGCCCGAUCCUCCGAACGCCGACGUCAUCAUGUCUCAGUUUCCUUCAGGCUGAAAAGUGAAUUUAAUCCAUCAAAUCAAUAAAGAAUUACUGAAUUCAACCAAUCAGAUUUCAAGGAAAUAGCAGAUGUUGCUCAAGACUUUAUUUCAGGUUCAGUUUGUCAUUGAUAUUUUUAUGUUUGAGACUUUUUGGGGCUUUCUUUAUAGAAAUAAAUGAUCCUUAAGAUAAGUCGAUGCCUCAUCUGAAACUUGACUGAAUUAAAAAAACUAAUUUCACUUUACACGAUUACUCUCAAAUAAAAGAUUUGAUUGCA